AUGGUGUCAAUUCGUAAUAUAACCGAGAUCACCCUUGUCGCAUUGGGUGUGAUAAUUGGGAAUGCGUUUUGUCAUUCCGCUGAAGAUAAUAUUAAAGAAUUAAAGUAUAUGCUUGAUAACAAAAAUUUGUAUGAUAAUUUAAUGAAAUUGCAACGUGAAUUAAUAAUGUCAUUAGAAUCUGAUAAAAUAAAAUUUCCAAAAGCAACAAGUGAAUCUAGGGAAUAUUUUGAUAUUUCUAAGUUUAAGGUAAUAAAUUGUAAUGAUGGUGAUGAGACUGGUAGUAGUGUUGAAUGCGUUGUACCAGAAGAGAGGACAGGUUUGGAGGAUAUAAUAAAAUAUGAGAAUAUUGCAAAGUCUGAGGGGAUAAAAAUGUAUAAUGGGGAGAAUUCGAGUUUGAUUAAGAGAAAGAUGAUAAUUAUAAGAGGUUUGAAAAUAGCAAAAUUGAUGGUUUUGGGUAUGAAUUUGUAUAAAGAAACGAAUGAUUUUAAAAAAGCUAUAAAGGGGGUGAAUGAUGCAUUAUAUGGUGAGGUGGUAAGUAACAAUGAUGGAUUAAAUGAAUUAGGGGGAAGUGGUGACCACUUGGAUAUGUUGAUACAUGAUGUUGAUAAGAAAACAUUGUUUGAGAGCGAUAAUGGUUUUUUUACGACGGAUGGAACCUUUGAGUUUGGGGAUAAUUUGGAUAUGAUCGCAAGGAAACACAGGAUAGGGUUGUUUCAUUUGAUCGGUCCACACUUCCCAGCACUUGGGCACUUUAUCACAUUGUCAUUGGCAUUGAAAAACUAUGAAAACUUUUUCGAAAAGGGAAAGGGGCAUUUUAUAAGCUGGCAAAAACUUCUGAGCUUUAACAUGUCAGAUAGAUUCAAGGCACUUGACUUAAUGUGUAAUGUCGAAGGAACAUAUGAUAUAAAAAAAAAAAGAAGAAUAACUUAUUUAGAGCAAAAUAGAAAGGGAGCAUUUGAUGAAUGCAAUAUUUUAGAAUUUUUAAUUCAUUAUUUUAAUAAAUAUCAAUUGUCUUUAAUUUCGAGGACAUAUGGUGAUGAAUUUCAGUCGUAUUACCUUUUGGAACAUAAAGAUAUGAAAGAAGAAUUUUUUAGAUUUAUGUGCGAUAGUUCAAAGAAUUGUAAUAUAUACAAUAGCAGUAUUUUCUUGAGCAAUGAGAAUGAUGAUAGUAAGAUUGUAUUGAAAAAUAUGAAGUCGUUUAAUGUAAGUGCACCUUUUAAUGUGAAGGACAAUUUUUCGGUUUUUUCGAACAAUUAUAUGGAUUUUUCCCCAAAGCAAAUAGUGUACACGCACUUCUACAACCUAGCCGGAAUAUUGAAUAACGAAAUUGAUGCAUAUGUAGGAUCUUUGUACCUACCCGGAUACUACAAUACGAUCCAACUCGCCUUUGAAGAUGAACAAACUUUGAAGGAGCAAUUCAAAAAUUUAAUAAAAUGUGUUGUGAAAUGUAACGCAUAUGAUCAAAAAAACUCUUCAAAGAAAUCAAAGAAAUUAUCAAUUAAGGAAGAAAAAAUAGUAUCAAAAUGUAACAUGUGCAAAGGAACUUUCGAUAUUAUAACUUGGAAAAAUGAAAACAACUUAUCAAUGGUUAACAAAUUUUAUAAUUAUGUUACAAAAGUAAUUGAAGCUAAAAUGCUAGGAAAUAUAGUGAGCAAUAUUAAUAUUUAUGACGAAUAUGAUAACUUUUUAUCAAAUGAUUUAAAUUGGUACACAUUUUUAUUUUUCCUCCGAUUAACAAGCUAUAAAAAUAUUCAUGAAACAACUGUGAGUGAAGCUAUGUAUAUGGAAUUGAAAGAUGAAGACACACCUGUUCAAACAAUGGUGACAGAUCAUUGGUACCCAUCUUGCAUAAAGAGAGCUUAUACCUUAUUUAUAAAAGCACACGUAGCUCCGAAUCUAUUAUCAGUGUUGGAAGGCUUAUUAAAACCCGAUACAAUUGAAAAGAUGAAAAAUGUCGUGCAAUACGUUAUACACGUAAACUCUUUUAUGCAACUAGAUUUUUUCCACGCAUUAAAUGAGCCAGUACUUGGAACAUUCAGAAAAAACCCUUUGUCUAGGGAUCUUGAAUCUCAAUUAGUUCAAUGGUGUUUUCAAAUUUCUUCAGGAUACUUCUUUUUACAUUACGAUGAUCCAUCUAGAAAAGCUGAGCUUUAUAGAAAACCACGUUCACAAAGAUUUGUAGCUCCUAAAUUUGACGAAUUAGUAGAAGUAUUUAAGAGAUAUAUUAAAAGUGGUUACGAAUCUUAUUUUAAACAGAGGCAUAUAAAGAAUUUGAUAGAAUUGCAUGAUACAUUUAACAUAAGUAGUAAAGUAAUGAUGAUGAGAGAUUCGUACGAAUUAUACUUAAAGCAUUAUAAAGAUACAAUUUUUUUUGCAGAACCAUUCAUUAUAAAUAAAUAUUUAUCAUUAGUUCCAAAAUUGCGCAGAAUGACUGAAAGGUUUAAUUUUAUGUUUCAUUAUACACCAGGAAAUGCUUACAACUUUUACAAAUAUGGUAUGAUUUACGGGUUUAGGCUGAACAAAGAGUACUUAAAAGAAGUGAGUGAAGAAUUAGUAUCCGUUUAUAAAGCAAACAAAAAGACAUUCAGUGAUGUGACAUUCCUACAGACGCUGUACUUGUUGUGCAAGAAACUCGAGAUCAGCGCUGGAUCUCACAGGCGUAACGACUCGACGAGCAUUAGCAACAUUUUCAUGCUAAACGUUUCGAAGUACUACUCGCGAUUAAGUAAAGAGGAACGAUUUAAUGAACUUGACAAUAGCAUGAAAUCCAAGUUUUUGGCGAAGACGCUAUAUUCCGCUCUUCAUACAACAUUCUCAAUAAAAAUAAACAAAAAUCUUGAUAAGUUGGACAAAGAGUAUACGAAGACGAAAUUAAUUGAGUUAUCUGCGAAUGAGAAUGCUUAUUUCACAUAUGCAUAUGCAUAUUAUGGUAGCAUAAUUGACACCAUAACGAACAGCUUGAUGCCAUUGUAUGCGAAGAAACCCAUUACACAAUUGCGUUAUGGAAAAACUUUUAUUUUUGCGAAUUAUUUUGGAUUUACAGCACAAAUAUACGGAAUGCUUAAUCUUAAUAAUAUGAAGAUGCUGUGUGAGAAUCAAGCAAUUGCAUCGGCGAACAGCUAUUCCAUUGAGAAGAAGUCACAAUACUUAGGAAAGAAAUAUUUAGCAAUUAUCGCAUACUUUGGUGUGCUCAGGGGGUACGGUGUGAAGCAAUUUCCAAAGGGAUCAGACUUUUUGCGUGAUGUAUUUAUUAAGAAUACUUUUUUCCAUGUUUCGAUGUACUUCACUAUGCAUAUAGGUACUCUUCUAUGGUUAGAAAGUGGAAGAGUGCUUCCAAGGCCACUUUAUAACGAACUACAAGAUCAGACGAGCGAUAUGUUUAUACAAGAACCACCAGAGAAAGGACCAUUGCAUGCACUUGGCAGAGAUUUUAUAUUUGGCAUGGUUACCUCAUUUAGUUUUCUGUUUUCAGUUUAUACUAUUUUCCGUUGGUAUGCAUUCUAUACAAAUGUGGUAUACUUCUUUAUUAUGCCAGUAAGGUUUUUCAGUUCUUAUCAUAGACCUUUCCAAAAUUUCUAUUCCACACUCACAAUAGAAACUAUGAAAAAAGUAACGGUAGAUCCAAUUUUAAAGGUGGUGAACAAACUAUUGCGAAACCUGAAAAGUAAAAACGAGUACAACGAAAUUAUAAAUGCUAGAUUAAGUGACACAAAUUUUAAGAAAUUUAUAGGAGGAAAGAGAAGUACUGCAAUCAUGCCGAGUAUGACACAACUGAUAGAUUUAGAUAGAAUGGGCUAUACAUUGUAUAAAGAUGACAACGUUCUCUUUGAGGAUGUGGAUAAGGAGGAAGAGUUCCUGAACAAAAGGGGCAUGAUAUAA